UGGAUCACGGACAAUAACGAUAACCUUGUGAUGUGGGUGCCGGACGAGUAUCGUGAUUGUCUAUUGUGGCGAGGGAUGGUGAAGAUCGUGGGACAUGAGUCGAUCACUAUAGACUUUUCGAAUGCUUGCUCUGGAACUGGAUGGGCGAACUGUUAU